UCGGGUUUUUUUCCUGGUUUGCUAUGGCGCGCACGAAGCAGACAGCGCGUAAGUCGACGGGCGGGAAGGCGCCCCGCAAGCAGCUGGCCACCAAGGCUGCCCGCAAGAGCGCGCCGGCCACGGGCGGCGUCAAGAAGCCGCACCGCUACCGGCCCGGCACGGUGGCGCUGCGCGAGAUCCGGCGCUACCAGAAGUCCACGGAGCUGCUGAUCCGCAAGCUGCCCUUCCAGCGCCUGGUGCGCGAGAUCGCGCAGGACUUUAAGACGGACCUGCGCUUCCAGAGCUCGGCCGUCAUGGCGCUGCAGGAGGCCAGCGAGGCUUACCUGGUGGGGCUCUUCGAGGACACCAACCUGUGCGCCAUCCACGCCAAGCGCGUCACCAUCAUGCCCAAGGACAUCCAGCUGGCCCGCCGCAUCCGCGGAGAGCGCGCCUGAGGAGUCUCCGACCUCAGGGCCACUCCAAGGGGUCCUGAAUUAUUUUGCCCACACCCUAAAGGCUCUUUUAAGAGCCACUACAUUGCACAAGAGAGUUGAAACACACAGCCUUUCCUGCGCUUUCUUACAAUACAGUGAUUCUAAAGUUCUUCCCAGAUUAUUUCAAUUCUAGCAUAAGCAUACUAAUAAUUUCAAUAGUUUACCUGUUUUCAAUAGCUUCUUUCUCGUUUAGGCUGUGUUAUGUGCUGUUUUAGUGAGGUGUUUGCUAAAACCCAUUGAACCACAGAAUAAGUAAAUGCACAGAGCAAGUGAAUGUUCAGAUACGCAAAUGAAGAACUGCACUACUAGGGCAGACAGCCCACGCUUAACCCCACCCCUUUCCCUCCCCCCACCCAUAAUUUGAUACUUUUUGUGAAAUAGGCUACUUCGACUAGCCCCUGUUUUAUUUUAAAGCAUUGUGGGAUGUAUAACUGAGUAUUGGAAGAAAAACAUCAAGCUUCACCGCUUUUUAUUGACUAUUGCAUUCUAUAAUUGCUUUUGCUGUGGUGUACUCUUGAAAUUGUAACUGGAUAUCUCAGAGCCCUACCUCUACCACGGGACUUAAAUAGAAGUGCUGAAAUUAUAAACUUUAUGAUAGGAUUGAAAAUUGAAAAAUUCAAUAUUUUAGUCUAAUUGAAUUAAUUUUUUUCCUUUUCUUUUGGUAGUAUGUGUUUCUGUGUGAGUGUUAUGACUGAGGACAGGCUGGAGAAGAUGACCAAGGAGAACCUGGGAGGGCAAAGAGAAUCCAGUGGUUGUUUCUGAUAGGCCACCUCUCUUCUAUUGUCCCAAUUCAUGGAGAUCACUGGCACAGAGGAAGUUCUGUGGCUUCUGUUUGGGACCAGAUCAGCAGAAGAAAAGAAAGUGGCUCUGAAGACUUGACAGAUUUAGCCAAUGGGAGACCCAUAGGAAAUAGGAUUAUAUUAUUUUGAGCAUUAAAGAUAAGUGUUUUGUAUCUGAUGACAAGAAAAGUGAGUCAGGAGAGAAACAUGCACAGGGAGAUCAAAGGCCAGCACUUAGCAAAAUUUAGUUAAUUCAAUAAAAUUUUGAAGUCAGGAAAUUACAUUUGGCCUUUAGUUCAAUUUUUGGUUGUGCCAAGUCUUAGAGUCUGGCACUCUUUUAGUAGUUUAGAGAGGUCAUGUUUUCUACAAAUUCACAAAUAAAGCACUGAGACUUCUAUUGAUUUUGCUUCUUUGCUCUCACAAUGUAUUUUCUUCUGUCCCUGACAAUGUACUGUCCAAAACCCUUCUGUAAAUGUUAUCAGCCAAAUUGUUCAGAAAUUAAAAUUCAAUUAUUUGAGUAUAACAUGUUGGGAGCCCAGAAAGGGAUUUCAUA